CAGUGAGCACAACUAGGGAAGCAGCAGCCUGAAAUCAUCUGAAACACGCAAACAACUCAUAGACCACACACAAACUCAUAGACAGGCUGCAGAAAUCUUACCAACCGGCAAGAAAUAUGGCCAUUCUGCUCACCAGUAUCAUCUGUACCCUUACAGUUUUAGGUAGCGUUAUGGCAGACACGUUUACCCUGGAGGGUUAUGUUGGGGGAGACAUUCAGAUCGUGUGUUCCUUCAAGAAUGCUGAUGAUAAUGUCAAGUACUUCUGCAACGCGGUAUGUAAGACUGAUGAAGAUAUUCUCAUUCAAAGUUCAAGAAACAUCAAUCCAAAUACAGAGGGGAGGUAUUUAUUAUUUGAUGGAGGCUCAGGAGUCUUCAUCGUGACCAUCUCUAACCUGAGGAAGUCAGACUCUGGAACUUACUGGUGUGGAGUGGACAGAACCUUUAAAGACUCAUUUCAUAAGGUGAUUUUAAAAGUACUGAAAGUCUCAGCUCCAAAGCCAACUUCUCACACAACACCCACACUGUCAGACUGGAGCACAUCUAAGGGAACAGAGGCGAGGGAAAUGGCGGAUUCAAACACAUCCUCCACAGCCACGCCUGUAAAAACUACAACCGCAGCAAAUACCUCUGAUGACAAACAGCUCAUUUAUAUAGGUGCUGGUUUGGCCGCUCUGGUGCUGCUUUUUGUAAUUUUCCUUUUCAUACUGAUAAAACAAAGUAAACAAAGGAAAGCUGCAGUACAACAAACUGAGAAGGCUCAACACACAGAGAAUGUCGCUAAAUACUCUUCAGCAAAAACAUCCUCCUCAGUCAAUCAGAGGACAACUCCGAGCAUUCGGGACAAUCCCACGGCCAACCGGAGGCCUCAGUCAGAUCCCAGCUCUACUGUAUAUGCCAACUUUACACCUGCUCAUGACUCUCUUAGUUAUGCAACUGUGAGCUUUGCCAAUCAAUCUGAUGACCUCAAUUACUCCAAUGUUAUGUUUGUCAAAAAAAGUGAUGCCAACACCAGCCACCCAAAGAAGUCUGGAGUGGACACGGCUAGAUCUUCAUCACCGCUCUACUCAACUGUUAACCCCACAAACAGUUCACACUCAGAUCAAGAUACAAAUGCAGUCAUAUAUUCUACAGUACAGAAGGCAAAGUAGAGCUUAUCUGCAAUACUCAUGUAAAACAUGUAAAGCUUUACUGUCUUCCUGCCGUUGAGUAUAACCAGCAUGUACAUACUUUG